GGUGCAUAUGAAUGUAACAGAGGAGAUAAACAGGAGAACACACAAAAACCCUCCUCCGUACGUCAUAGGCAACACUGUGAAGUCAGAGCCAGAGCACCUGCACGUUGCUCCAGCCCAGAGGACCAGGGGUAACCUGUUAGCUAUCACUGGUAGCCCUGUUAAACUGAGGGCUAGUGGGCAAUCCGUGCUGGGAGACACAGCACUGCCUAGGAGUGCAGUCCAGCUUUGCGCCCAUUGGAACAUCGUGCUGCUCUGUGACAUCGCCUUAACAUUCCACCGUCAGAACGCCCAGUUCAACCUUCGUUCUCCCUAUAGAACCCUGGUAGCGGGCGGCUGCUGCUGCAGAGCUUAGGAGAGCUGAGCUGGGAAGCGGCAUGCGGCAGUAUUCUAGGUUGCGUGGUAAUGAUGGCGGCUCACUGGGAGACUUCCUUACCGCUGGAUACUAGUGCUCUGCCCUGUUGAAAUGAAUCGAUCUCUUGUGCCAAAGCCGCCUGUGUAUGUAUUUUAGCUCAGACACCGGACCUGCUGCAUGCCAGUAAUAACUGUGUACCAAAGAAGCUGGCACAUUCCAUGGUGGAAUUUUAACACAUUGUUUAUAGUACAAAGAGGAGGACAGCAAGAGAAUGGGCCUACUGGACAGAUUGAAAAAAGAAUGGUUUAUUCUCGGUAUCAUUCUGGUCAUCACAGCGGCUAAAUGGGAGCCAUUCAUUGGAGAGAAAGGGGGACCACUGAAGCCCGAAAUUACCAUAACCUAUAUUGCGGUGUCUACUAUAUUCUUUAACAGUGGACUAUCCUUAAAAACCGAGGAGCUGACGAACGCUUUGAUGCAUGUGAAGCUGCACCUCUUUGUACAGCUGUUUACACUAGUUUUCUUCCCAACGGCAAUAUGGCUGUUCCUGCAAGUCCUGUCACUCACUCCUGUCAAUGAGUGGCUCUUAAAAGGUUUACAGACCGUAAGCUGUAUGCCUCCUCCAGUUUCCUCGGCAGUGAUUUUGACCAAAGCAGUUGGUGGUAAUGAGGCUGCUGCAAUAUUCAACUCUGCAUUUGGGAGUUUUUUGGGCAUUGUUGUAACCCCGCUGCUGCUGCUACUGUUUCUGGGGUCUUCAUCUUCUGUGCCCUUUACCUCCAUAUUUUCCCAACUGUUCAUGACUGUUGUUGUUCCUCUUAUCAUCGGUCAGAUUGUUCGGAGGUACAUAAAGGACUGGUUGGAAAGGAAGAAGCCUCCAUUCGGUGCAAUCAGCAGUUGCGUCCUGCUUAUGAUUAUCUACACCACCUUUUGCGACACCUUCUCUAAUCCGAACAUCGACCUGGAUACCUUCAGUUUAGUCGUUAUUGUAUUCAUCAUAUUUUUUAUCCAGCUGGCUUUUAUGCUUUUAACAUUCCUAUUCUCCACCAGCAAAAACAGUGGUUUUACCCCAGCGGAUACAGUGGCUAUAGUGUUUUGUUCAACCCACAAAUCACUAACACUGGGAAUUCCGAUGCUGAAGAUUGUAUUUGCAGGAUACGAGCAUCUCUCGCUGAUAUCUGUUCCUCUACUGAUUUAUCACCCAGCUCAGAUUCUUCUUGGAAGUGUAUUGGUGCCAACAAUAAAAUCAUGGAUGCUUUCCAGACAGAAGGCUCUGAAGUUAACGAGGCAGCCCAAAGUUCCAUUAUAGCAGCAAGAAAAACAAGAUGUAAAUAUGUACAAUAUUGUACAUACAAGCAUACAAACAUCACACAAGAGACUUGUAUUUGGGAAUGUUCAACACAUAUUUUAUUUUUUUAAAUAAAGAUCAACUUAUCUAAGUGCCUUAUGGAUGCAUUUGGCAAAUACUUAGUUUGAAACCAAGAUGCUAUGUUGAAGGUAUCAGAAUAUUUGUAGUCCUGCAUCAUCUCUUUGUAUUUUUUUAUUUGGAAAAUAAAAAUAUCAAGAACCUUCUA